GACAGGCUCCAUUCACUGCAGAAACAUGAUGUUGAGAUCAGAGCUCAGACUAGUUUCAGGAAGUUUAAGGAAGAGAAACUCACACAGUCGCUGACACUGAGAGGAGAAAUGGCGCAGAAAGGAGUUCAGCUGGACCAAGAAACCUUCUCUUGUUCCAUCUGUUUGGAUCUACUGAAGGAUCCGGUGACUACAACUUGUGGACACAGCUACUGCAGGAACUGUAUUAAAUCCCACUUUGAUGAAGAGGACAGGAAGGGAAUCCACAGCUGCCCUCAGUGCAGGAAGACGUUCACACCGAGGCCUGUCCUGGAGAAAAACACCAUGUUAGCAGCUUUAGUGGAGCAGCUGAAGAAGACUGGACUCCAAGCUGCUCCAGCUGAUCACUGCUAUGCUGGACCUGAAGAUGUGGCCUGUGAUGUCUGCACUGCGAGGAAGCUGAAAGCCAUCAAGUCCUGUUUAUCUUGUCCGGCCUCUUACUGUGAGAAACACCUCCAACCUCACUAUGAUGCAGCUCCAUUAAAGAAACACAAGCUGGUGGCCCCCUCCAAGAAGCUCCAGGAGAACAUCUGCUCUCGUCAUGAUGAGGUGAUGAAGAUUUUCUGUCGUACUGAUCAGCAGAGUAUCUGUUAUCUCUGCACAAUGGAUGAACAUAAAGGCCACGAAACAGUCCCAGCUGCAGCAGAAAGGACUGAGAAGCAGAAGGAGCUCGAGGUGAGACGACUAAACAUCCAGCAGAGAAUCCAGGAGCGAGAGAAAGAUGUGAAGCUGCUUCAACAGGAGGUGGAGGCCAUCAAUGGCUCUGCUGAUAAAGCAGUGGAGGACAGUGAGAAGAUGUUCACUGAGCUGAUCCGUCUCAUCCAGAAAAGAAGCUCUGAUGUGAAGCAGCAGGUCAGAUCCCAGCAGGAAACUGAAGUGAGUCGAGUCAAAGAGCUUCAGGAGAAGCUGGAGCAGGAGAUCGCUGAGCUGAAGAGGAAAGACGGCGAGCUGGAGCAGCUCUCACACACAGAGGAUCACAACCACUUUCUAAAUAUUCACGUCAAAUCACACUGGAUCCAAACACAGCACACAAACAUCUGUUAUUAUCUAAGGGGAACAGAAAAGUAACCGUAAUGAAGCAAAAACUAUCUUAUUAUGAUCAUCCUGACAGAUGUAUUAGAUGUUUUCAGGUCCUGAGUAGAGAGAGUCUGACUGGACGUUGUUACUGGGAGGUGAAAUGGAGAGGAGUAGGCAUUCGUGUA